AUGGGACAUUGCUGCAGCAAAAACAUCGCCGUCAACAACGAGACGGUGCCUGCCGAUCACCGCCCCAAGACGCCGCAUUAUGCGCCGCCGUCUCCGCCGCCGGCGUCGGGGAGCUCGCUCUCCGGCGCGACGCCGGGGAGGAGCACGCCGGCGCACUCGUUUUCUACCAGCCCCUUCCCGAGCCCUCUACCGCCCGGGGUUGCGCCGUCGCCGGCGAAGACUCCAGGGAGGAAGUUUCGGUGGCCGCUGCCACCUCCCUCUCCGGCAAAGCCGAUCAUGGCGGCGCUACUGCGGCGGCAGGGGAAGGCGAAGCCGAAGGAGGGCCCCAUACCGGAGGAGCAAGGGGAGGGUGGCGGCGAGGGAGAGAGGUCGCUGGAUAAGAGCUUCGGCUAUGGGAAGAAUUUUGGGGCGAAGUUCGAGUUGGGGAAGGAAGUGGGUCGGGGGCAUUUCGGUCACACUUGUUGGGCCAAAGGGAAGAAGGGUGACCUUAAGGGACAAUCAGUUGCUGUGAAAAUCAUAUCCAAAGCUAAGAUGACGUCAGCUAUAGCAAUUGAAGAUGUACGGAGGGAGGUGAAAAUGUUGAAGGCCUUAUCGGGACAUAAGAAUUUGGUCAAGUUUUAUGAUGCAUUUGAGGAUGUCAACAAUGUCUACAUUGUUAUGGAGUUGUGUGAGGGUGGAGAAUUACUUGACAGAAUUCUUGAUAGAGGUGGGAGAUACCCAGAGGAUGAUGCCAAAGCUAUUAUUGUACAAAUUCUAGAUGUAGUUGCAUUUUGUCAUCUUCAAGGAGUUGUUCACCGUGAUCUAAAACCAGAGAAUUUUCUAUUUGUCUCAAAAGAUGAGGAUGCUGUGAUGAAAGUCAUUGAUUUUGGGUUAUCUGAUUUUGUUAGGCCAGAUCAACGCCUCAACGAUAUUGUUGGCAGCGCCUACUAUGUUGCACCUGAAGUGCUCCAUAGAUCUUACAGUGUUGAAGGAGACUUGUGGAGUAUUGGGGUCAUAUCGUACAUAUUGCUAUGUGGAAGUAGACCAUUUUGGGCACGCACUGAAUCAGGAAUUUUCCGGUCUGUGUUACGAGCAAAUCCAAACUUUGAUGAUUCACCUUGGCCAUCAAUAUCACCAGAAGCUAAAGACUUUGUGAAGAGACUUCUGAACAAGGAUCACAGGAAAAGGAUGACUGCUGCUCAAGCUUUAGCUCACCCAUGGUUGAGAAAUGAAAAAAAUCCCAUUCCUUUGGAUAUUUUGAUUUACAAGUCAGUAAAGUCAUAUGUGCGUGCCUCACCUUUGAGACGUGCUGCAUUGAAGGCCCUAGCAAGAGCAUUGACGGAAGAUGAGCUAAUCUACCUUAGAGCACAGUUUAAUCUCUUGGAGCCUAAAGAUGGCUGGAUUUCCCUUGAUAAUUUUAGAGUUGCUCUCAUGAAAAAUGCAACUGAUGCCAUGAAGGAAUCAAGGGUCCCUGACAUUUUAAAUCUGAUGGAGGCACUCUCCUAUAAAAAAAUGGACUUUGAAGAGUUUUGCGCUGCCUCUAUCAGUGUAUACCAGCUGGAAGUUCAUCAAGAAUGGGAUAGAAUUGCUACCACAGCUUUUGAAUACUUUGAGGAGACAGGAAACCGAGUAAUUUCUGUUGAGGAGUUGGCUCAGGAGAUGAAUUUGGGUCCAUCAGCUUACUCUUUAAUGGGUGAUUGGAUCAGAAAAUCCGAUGGAAAACUCAGCUUGGUCGGAUAUACAAAGUUUUUGCAUGGUGUCACAAUGCGUAGUUCAAAUACAAGACACCGACAACUAAUUGGAAUUGCCCAACAAAGAUGGAUACAGACUUCUUCAAUAACAGUUCACGAGAGUUACCAGACAGCAACUAAUUUGGGAAGUGAAACCAUAAAAGAUAGGUUCGUCAGAACUUUGGAAGUAAUGAACACAGUAGUACGCAUAAUCAUCGUGUCUAACUAA